UGGCGGUGAAUUCUACGCUUGAACGUCAGACGCGGAAACAAGCUGCUGAGCUACGCGAGCUACGGAGGAGGAUGGCGCGUGGAUCACUCGUCCCGUCCAAGAUUGAUAGCGAUGAUGAGUACGCUUCUGCGUCGUCUCAUUCCGAGUUUGAUGGUUCGGAUAGCGAGGGUGAGGUUGGAGAUAGGCGGGGAGGAGAGGAGUUCGCGACCUUCGUUACGCAAACGCAGAAACUUACGUCUUCGCUAAGUGACGCAGUCCACUCUACGGAACGAAUGCUAAAGGAGGGGUAUAGAGCCUUAGCGUCCCAGGUUAGGGCCAGUGAGGUCGGGAUUGGUGGGAGGGUGUUGAUUGGGGAUGAGUCGUUUGUGGAGUCUGAGGAUGGUGUUGAGGUGCCUAUGUCGCCGGAGGAUGGGGAUGGAGGAAAGGUUGGAAUCGGUAACGGGAACGGGGGAGAGGGAAGGGAUUCGGGGAUGGGUGGGAGUCAGGCUGAGUUGUUGAGGAAGUUGGAGGAGGAGUUGGAGUACUUUGGGUAUGCUGUAUGAUACGCGAUUGUGGAGGGGUGAAGCAGUGUGAUGAGUUGUGUGACGACUGUGCCAGGUGUAAGUUGUGAGGUUCGGUUGAUAUUUUUAUUUAUUAUUGGGUUAUUGGCGUUUUCUUGUUUAGCAUUGGAUACUUGGGCUUUGAGCUUCACGGGGAGCUUGAAAGGGGUGAUCGAGGGUAGGUAGGCAGAACCACAUGGGUAGUAAUUCACAGAGCGUAAACAGUCAC